GCUCUCAGUCUGUUGGUUCAGAGUUGUCUUCAGCAGGUCUGUGGGUAAAUAUCCGGAGACAGUCGCAGAAACGCUCAGUCCUCGCUUGGCUGUUUCUCCGGACUCCUGUUUCCCUGCUCAGCGUACGCAGCGGCAGCAGCGUGGAGCUCCCCUAGAGCGUAGAGUGCACAGCACAUCCCAGUCAGUCGUCCUCCUCCUGUUCCUCCUCUUCCUCCUCCUCCUCUCCCUCUCUUUCUCUCUCUCUCUCUCUCUCUGUCAUUCGCACCAGGAUGGAUCUACCGUAGCUGAACAGAAGUCUACUUCAGCAGCUGGCAAGUUAGACUCUUAUUUAGAAGUGAAACGGGAGCUGAACAUUUCUCCCCCUCUUCCACGUCCCCGACAAGAUUCUUUUCCGCGCAUCAACUUGACUGCCGGAAACCUACACGAUGACAGCCACCGGGAGACAUUCACGCGUUUUGCUCCUGCUCUGCUUCAUCUCCACCGCAGCGUGCAGUAUGUUUGCAUUCACCGAGGAGCCUUCUGAGAGAGCCGGGAAGUCAGACGGCUAUUGUAGUCGGAUAUUACAGGCUCAGAGCAAUCGGAACGAGGUCAACAACGAGUUUCGCCUCCGCGUCGAGGGAGACCCGGAGAGCUAUCAGCCAGGGAGCACAUACAGAGUGACUCUGACUGCAUCCAGCCCCUCCUACUUCAGAGGGUUCAUCCUUGUUGCACUGAAGGAGGGUGCAGCAGGAGACAGGGAUGAGGACUACAUUGGAAAUUUCCAGAUAAUUGAUGAGGAGGAAACGCAGUUUAUGACCAACUGCCCCCCAGCAGUGACAGAAAGCACUCCUCGCAGACGCACAAGCAUCCAGAUGUACUGGACUGCGCCCCCUAGUGGCUCUGGCUGCGUCCUCCUCAAGGCAAGCAUUGUGCAGAAGAGGAUAAUCUAUUUCCAGGAUGAAGGCUACCUCACCAAGCGAAUGUGUGAAAAAGAGUCCCUGUAUGGAGAUGCUACAGACAAACCUCUACUUGAUUGUUGUGCCUGUGGAACAGCAAAGUACAGAGUCACCUUCUAUGGGAACUGGUCUGAGAAGAUUCACCCCAAAGACUAUCCACGUCGUGCCAAUCACUGGUCAGCCAUCAUUGGUGCCUCCCACUCUAAGAACUAUGUGUUGUGGGAAUACGGUGGCUAUGCCAGUGACGGAGUUAAGCAGGUAGCUGAGCUGGGCUCCCCAGUCAAAAUGGAAGAGGAGAUCAGACAAAAGGGCGAUGAUGUCCUGACAGUCAUCAAAAUGAAAGCACAGUGGCCAGCAUGGCAACCACUAAAUGUACGGGCUGCCCCGUCAGCUGAGUUUUCAGUGGACCGGACCCGUCACAUCAUGUCCUUCCUGACCAUGCUGGGGCCUAGUCCAGACUGGAAUGUGGGUCUCUCUGCUGAAGAUUUGUGUACUAAAGAGUGUGGUUGGGUCCAGAAGGUGGUCCAGGACCUGAUCCCUUGGGAUGCGGGAACUGACAGUGGGGUGACGUACGAGUCUCCAAACAAACCCACUGUGCCCCAGGACAAGAUCCGUCCCCUGACCAGUCUGGAUCAUCCACAGAGCCCUUUCUAUGACCCUGAAGGGGGCGCCAUUACUCCAGUUGCCAGGGUAGUGGUGGAACGCAUCGCCAGAAAGGGCGAACAGUGCAACAUUGUGCCAGACAAUGUGGAUGACAUUGUAGCAGAUAUUGCCCAAGAGGAGAAAGAAGAAGAUGAUACUCCUGAGACCUGCAUCUACUCCAACUGGUCUCCAUGGUCCGCCUGCAGCUCGGCCACUUGUGAAAAGGGCAAGCGGAUGAGGCAGAGGAUGCUAAAGGCUCAGUUGGACCUCAGUGUGCCCUGCCCACACACUCAGGAUUUUGAGCCUUGCAUGGGGCCUGGAUGCAGUGAUGAGGAUGCUUCCACCUGUAUGAUGUCAGAGUGGAUCACCUGGUCUCCAUGUAGCGUGUCCUGUGGGAUGGGCUCUCGUUCCCGGGAGCGUUAUGUGAAACAGUUCCCUGAUGAUGGCUCAGUCUGCACCCUGCCCACAGAGGAGACUGAAAACUGUGUGGUCAAUGAGGACUGCUCUCCCAGCAGUUGCCUGGUUACAGAGUGGGGUGAAUGGGAUGUCUGCAGUGCCACUUGUGGUCUUGGCAAGAAGAGGAGAGAGCGCAUGGUGAAGAUGCCCCCUGCAGAUGGCUCCAUUUGUGGGGCAGAGGUGCUAGAAGUGGAGAAGUGCAUGAUGCCAGAAUGCCAUACAAUCCCCUGCAUGCUGACUCCAUGGUCUGACUGGAGUGACUGCAGUGUGACCUGUGGUAAAGGUUUGAGGACGCGACAGCGCAUGCUCAAGUCCCCUGUGGAGCUGGGAGAGUGUACAGAAGAGUUAGAACAGGUGGAGAAGUGCAUGCUACCAGAGUGUCCCAUAGACUGUGUCAUGUCAGAGUGGACUGAGUGGUCAGAGUGCAAUAAGUCCUGUGGGAAGGGUCAUACGAUCCGGACACGCAUUGUGAUGCUGGAGCCUCAGUUUGGAGGAGACCCCUGCCCUGAAACCAUCCAGAGGAAGAAGUGUAAGAUCAGGAAGUGCAGCCGAGGACAAGCCAACAGCGAUGAGAAGAAACGACGCAAGGAACAGCGUGAAAAGAGAAGGAGCAAACAGGGCAGAGCUGAGGUCACCUCCAAGCAUCCAGGGUGCAAAAUGAGACCAUGGUCGAGUUGGACAGAAUGUACCAAGCUGUGCGACGGAGGUAUUCAAGAGCGGCUCAUGACAGUGAAGCAGAGGUUUAAGACUACCCAGCUGUCCAGUUGCAAGGACAGAAAGGAGAUCAGGGCCUGUAAUGUGCACCGCUGCUAGGAAGGAGUAGGGGAACUGCGGUUGGUGUGGAAGGGAGGGAGGGAUGGCAGUGGGGUUGGGAACAGGACAGGGUAUGGCACACUGUCGCACAAUGAUCCACUGCACUCCGUUUAGGGCUGAAAUGGCACAUACUUGAAUCUGUAUUGAUUAAAUCCAGAACUCAGGUCCGUUAUCAUCAAGAGAAAAUGAACUUAGAGAUCUCACUGAGAAUCUCUGGAUUUAAACUAGGCAGAUUCUUCUGUGCUUUCAGACUAGCUCUGAUAAACAUACAACUCUUUUGCAAGGUUACUGUAAACUUGUUGUGGUGUAAUAUAUAAAUAUAAUUAUGAAAUCUAAAUUGAUUUAAUGAUAAGAUAAAGAACAGUUAUAUCUUGUGGUAUCCUUAAGUAGUACAGUAUAUUGCAGACUUUAAAGCACAGGUGCCCAGCCAUUCCAGUGUUUUAUAUGCCUUCAAUUGUUCAGUUGUUUCUAGGACACAAAACGCCCAAUUGACUUUUUACCCAGCUAUAUUGUUGUACAUGUAGAUGCACCACAAGUGAGAUCUAUAUAAUUUUGAGCAUUAUUAGAAGAUUUUGUUAUUUUUUUGCUGUGGAUUUUUUUGAUAAGAAUGUGUCCCAAGAUUCUUACCAAAGUCUUGUGUAGAUGUUUUCUAGAUCUCGCCCCCCCCCCCCUUCCUCUUUUUUUCUUUAUCUCUGUUCCUCUAACAUAUUAAUAUUUUGGAAUAAUAUCACCUUUACAAUAAAAGUAAAUGUGACAACUUGUCA